CGUGGGGCGAUCCAGGGGACAUACAUGGAUGACAUCUAUGACGUUGUCCGGCUCCUCGGUCGGGGCAAGGGUGUGUCUCUCUUCUGGCCUGGGCUCUAUGUAUUCUUUCAAGUAUCCGUCUCGGACCAAUCUUUCCAAGAACGAUUUGUAUACCCUGCAGCUUUCGGUGCGAUGUCCGAAAUCCCGGUGAUAGGAACACCUAACCUUUUGAUCACGGGUGGAGGGAUCGCUCUGCAUCCUGGGCGGCCACUUGAAGAACGGCUCAUGCUUGAUUUUAUGGAGCAACUUGAAGAUGGGUUCCUUGAACAUAGUGUGAACUCCUUUGGACGACCCCCCUGGAGGGGGUAGCAAUCCCUUUCGGGGA